GCUUGAACUGCAACAUCAUAACUUGUCAUAACUCUAGGACAUUCUGAAUGGCUGGACGCGCUGCUAUCUUAGCUCUGUUCCCUGUAGUCGGUGUGCUGGGAUAUUCGGACACAGUUCCAAUUGUCGCAUGGUCGUCUCAAAGUUCGUCUGUGUUGAACAGUCUAUCUCCAGACCUACAGUUUGAAGAUUCUAUGGGCAUAGUCGGCGGAAUUCUCUCGCCAGAAGACAUCUGCUCCUUCGAUGCUAUUCUAGUGAUAGACCAGCCGGGUCUCCGUAGUUCUGAUCUUCGUGCAUUGCCUACUUCUUCUGGACUGUCUGCCAUUUUGAAGAGUGCGCCCUCAUCAAGACAGUACCCGUAUGUGAAGCGUAGCACCUCUUCUUCCUUCCAGGAAAUCGCCGAGUCUCUGGCGAGUCGCUGCGGCUCGACCUUGACGAGUGUCAGUCCAGCGGCUGGCCCUUUAGACCUCGCUGAGAACUCUAAGCAUGUCGUAUGCGUCAAUAUGCCAGCAAUGGAGGGUAGCCCGAAGCUCCGAAAGGCGGCCAUGUUGGAUUAUGAUCAAUACCUCUCCAGUGAGAUCGAGAAGAUUGACGCAGCUUUCACGAGCCACCUAGUUUUGUACACUGGGUCUCCACUUGAUCACCAGCGCCGUCAGCUACUUCCACCUUCCGAAUUUGACUCAACAUAUACUCUUCCUGACAAUUCGACCGUCGCUGACGGUGGUAUUUUUAAGAGAUACCAGCUGUUCUCGACGCCCCUUCUUGUUGCCUUAUUCGUCGUUUUCUUCAUCAUCGUGCCCAUUAUUAUGUUGGCUGUCUCAGCUCUUGCUAGCCUUCAGUCAUCUGUGCGCUUGGACGCACCAAAGGGGUACAAUGCUCAGGAAAAGAAGACCCAGUAGUUCAGCUCCUAUUCCACAGCAUUUGUACAUUCGUGUUU